GCACCUCCUCGAAACGAAGAAGAAGAAGAAGAAGAAGAAGAAGAAGAAGAAGGAGGAAAUAAAUUGACUAUUAACAGCUUUUGCGCGUCCAUUGUCAUUUCGCGUGGUACGAGAUCUCUUCGCGUCCGGCUCCUUUCUUCUUCCUCGAUCUCUUCAGGGUCCGCCGGAGCUCUGUUCAUCGGCCGGCAGAGAGGUUAGCUUCCACUUGGGUCGUUGGUUCCGAAUCUUUAAUACCAUACAACACUUUAAUCCGGUGCAAACAUCGAGAUGGUGAGGUGGGGUCCAAGGGCCUCGUGGGGACGAAGGGAUGGCAAGUAACUAUCAGUCACGCGGACAUGGCCAGCAUCGGCGGACGCGGACCUCGACCAUGUCUUGCUUUGGUUUCUUGCCCAAGCCGACUAACGGUUCUUCUCCAUCUUCUUCGAGAAGGUUUUCGAGCGGCGGGCAUGGAGUGCAGGCGCCUGGAGGUGACGGUGAUGUCCGCCGAGGACCUCAAGGACGCCAACGUCUUCGGCAAGAUGGACCCCUACGUCGCCGUCUCCUUCUCCGGCGUCGCCAACAAGCGCCAGAAGAGCAAGCAGUGCACCCCCGUGCACAAGGACGGCGGCACCAGCCCCCGCUGGGGCCACUCGCUCUCCUUUACUGUCGACGAGGCCGCCGCCCGCGCGGGCCGCCUGAAGCUCAAGUUCAAGAUCAAGGCCGAGAAGACCCUCGGCAGCGAUAAGGAGGUCGGCAGGGUCAAGGUGACGGUGAAGGAGCUCCUCGAGCAGGACGGGAAGCCCAAGGUCACGAGCUACAGCCUGAGGCUGCCGUCCGGGAAGACGAAGGGGGUCCUGGAGUUUGCCUACAAGUUUGGCGAGCGGUUCACCGUGGCGGCGCCGCCCCCGCCGGUCGUGGCUUAUCCGCCCACCUCGAGCUCGGCCGCAGGGUACCCGCCGCCGCCAAUGCACUGGGCGGGGCCCUACCCUCCGCCGGCGGGAUACGGAUAUCCACCGCAGGGGUAUCCGCCGAAUGCCGCGCCCGGGUACGGCUACCCGCCCCAGGGAUACGCGCCUCCGCCGCCGGGGUACGUGUAUCCCCCGGCGGUAUACGGUUACCCACCGGCCGCGUACCGGCAGAAGCCUCCCAAGAAGAGCGAGGGGAACUCCUGGCUGGGGCUGGGGUGCGGGCUGCUUCCCCGGCUUGUGAUCGGAGACAUAAUAUCGGACGCGUCGGAGGCCGCCACGUACGACGCUGGGCUCGAUGAUUCUCUCGUGUGAAAUUGCUUCUUUGCUUCCUCGGUCAAUGUUCGAUCAGCUUUCGAAAUAAAGAGGAUGUGCCCUAGAUGAAAAAUGGCGG